AUGGGCACGCCCUCUCCAAAUCCUAGACCGCGUUCUCUUCUUUCGGACGAUGAAAUCGAGCCGUAUGUUCGGAAGCAGAGACCGGAUGGAGAGCCGAGGCGUAAAUUACUUGCUCUCAAUGAGGAGGAGCAAAAUAUUAUGCGAACAUCAAUAAAUUCACGAGAACGGAAACGAAUGCACGAUCUAAAUGAGGCGCUUGAAGAAUUGCGAAGUUGCUUACCGUAUUCUCAGGAUUCGUCUUCUAGAAAAAUGAGCAAGAUCAACACUUUGCUACUCGCAAGCAACUGGAUUCGUCAGUUGACCAUGCGUAACCACGAGCUUCAAAAACAGCUGAUCGCUCUUCGAGCUGGAGAGCAGAUUACAACUCCAGCUUCAUCGGCAGCGACCUUUGCCGUUGCUCCGGCUCCACUCGCUUUCGGGAUUGGCCCAGCUCCUUGCGUAAAAGCGCUUGGACAACAUUGUUUUUGUAUCAGUUGCUUAACUAAUGUUAAACACUAG